AUGGUGAAUUUGGUAAAAUAUAAGUUAGUAGGAGGCAACAUAUAUUUGAAGGAGCAUGUUGUACCGCACAUUUUCCAAUGCAAAACUGGUAGAAAACGCCCUUCAGAAGAAAAAGAAUUUGAAGCUUCUGCCAAAAAAGCAAGACAAAAUAUUGUAGAAUCUCUGCUGAUGGACAAUGCCAGUGAAAAUAUCACAGAUGAAAAUGUUUUGAGAAAGAAUACAUUUGAAAAAUGUACACAAACACAAGUAACAGAGGUUAAAAAUUUUGGUGCACAAGUGCUGAUUAGACCUUACUACAGAAGUAAACUAAUUCAAACUGAAGAACUUUAUUUUAAACCUCAAGCUGUAAGUGUUGCAUGUUCGCCUUUCAAAUUUGAAAUCUCAGAAGAAAGAAUUUCACCAUCUAACUUUUAUCAGUGA